CCCUGUUCCCACAUCUAUGACACAAGCUGGUAAAUUUCCAGCCAUUUUCUUGGCACUUAGUGAACUUAUGAAUUAAAAUACUAAAAGAAAUAUUUCUAAUAUUAAUUUUUGGGUGAUUCACUAACGUUAGUGCAUGGUAUUAGUCAUUUCAAAACUCAACCUAGAUAAACUGCAUAUCUUUACAAGUGGGGAAGGUAACUUUUUAAGAAGAUAAAAUGGGCGGUGCUAUUUGGAACUUAGUUCUUUGGAAUUCAUGAUAAGGUUUUGGUGUCAAUAUGAAUUCAACUGUUAGGUUAUUUUGUUCUAUAGUAAAAUUUCGUAAUAAUGUAUUUACCAAGAAAAUCCAUAAUAUUUCUACAUUUAAGGAAGAAUUCAUUUCUUCUCAUAUUGAAACUAAUGCCUUACAAAAAACGGUCUUAACUAUUGGAUCUACUAUUGUAUCCUUAUUAGAUCCUUCCAGAGGAGAUAUGAUCGCUACCCUGGGGGAAACUACUGGUUUGGGGGCUUUAAGGUAUAUGAAAAAGAAAAUGGAAGAAAGCGAGGAAGGACAGACAAUUUUGAAGGAUUUACCUAGAAUAAAUUCUAGAACUGUUGAUUUGGAUUAUUUACAGAAGUUACCUAAUAAUUCUGUUGGAAAUACUUAUUACAAAUUUUUAGAGACAAAUAAAGUUACUCCUGAUACACGCUUAAACGUUCAGUUCGUUGAUGAUGUUGAGUUAGCUUAUGUUAUGCAAAGGUAUAGAGAGGUUCAUGACCUUAUACAUGCUAUUCUUGGAAUGCCUACAAAUAUGCUUGGUGAAGUAACAGUGAAGUGGGUUGAAGGCAUUCAGACCAGACUUCCAAUGUGCAUUGGUGGUGGGCUAUUUGGAGCAAUCCGUCUAGCUCCAAAGCAACGUCAAAGAUAUGUAACUGCAUAUUUGCCUUGGGCCAUCAAAACUGGAAUGAACAGUGAAUUUUUAAUGAACGUAUACUUUGAAAAACGAUGGGAGCAAAAUUUAAGUGACUUACAUAAAGAACUUAAGAUUACUCUUCUACAGGAGAAUAAGACUAAAAGCAAGAAAUAGCGAAAAAAAAUUUAUUUGCAUUAUGAUUAAAUAUCUUGUUAUUGUUAUAAUUAUAAUAUAAAUAAAUAAGCUGUGUGUCAUAUUGCUAUUAUAAUAUAUUUACAUACAGUUUUAUUGAGAACAUCAGCAAUAAUCAAUCAACUUCAAAUAUCUUUUGAUUUAAAUACUAUAAUAUAAACACAUAAAUCAAUCACUUUCAAUGAUGAAUGCUUAUUAGAAAAAGUUGAAUUGAUGUUCACUUCUAUCAGGUGCUAAAACAUAAAUAAUAUAAAG